GUCACAUCAGGGCAAAAGAAAAGCAACAAAUUUUCCACACCGGCAAAGGUCGAGUCCAGGUAUAAAAGACAGAGGAACACUCUGGAUCCUUUGCGAAAACGUUCUGACGCAGCGCAGACAUGCUCAGGUUUCUGCUGUUGACAAGUCUUGCAGCCUUGGUGCUGGCUAGGCUGGAGCCCCAGCCUAGGUAUCUGGAGGACAGCCUCGGUAGGGUCGUUGGAGGCGAAGUGGCUGCACCCAACUCCUGGCCCUGGCAGAUCUCUCUUCAGUACAGGUCUGGCAGCAGGUUCUACCACACCUGUGGAGGAAGCCUGAUUGACAGAGGCUGGGUUAUGACUGCUGCUCACUGUGUGGACAGUUACAGGGACUAUCGCGUCGUUAUUGGCGAACAUGACCUCAACAGCAACAGCGGCAGGGAGCAGAUAAAGAGUGUCAGCAAUAUCUACAUCCACGAGGGCUGGGACUCCAACAGAGUGUCUAAUGGAUAUGACAUCGCCCUCCUGCGUUUGUCAUCUGAUGCCACCCUGAACUCCUACGCCCAGCUGGCCUCUCUGCCUCCCUCCGGCCAGAUUUUGCCCCACAACAACCUCUGCUACAUCACCGGAUGGGGACGCACUUCCACUGGUGGCAGCCUGUCUACCCAGCUGAAGCAGGCCUACCUGCCUCUGGUCGGCCAUGAUGUCUGCAGCAGCAGCGGCUGGUGGGGCAGCACUGUCAAGCCUAGCAUGGUGUGUGGAGGUGGUGGUGCUGAGGCUGGAUGCAAUGGUGACUCUGGUGGCCCCCUGAACUGCCUUGUUAACGGAAAAUACUACGUCCAUGGCAUUGCCAGCUUUGUGUCUGGCUAUGGAUGCAACUACCCCCAGAAGCCCACCGUCUUCACCCGCGUCUCCGCCUACAUCGACUGGAUGAACGCUAUCAUGUACUAAACAGGAGAGUCAUCCAUGGUGCAGCACAGAGACUGAAAUUUUCCACCAUAUUUUCAUCAGCUGUACUUACUCUUUUGACUUGUCUCUCAACAAAAAUAAACUUCAUUAAACUUUGA